UCCCCCUGCUCGUUGCGCGGUGCGUCCCUUCUGACCCGAACUCAGUGGGAGGUUGACGAGACCUCUUGAUCGUUACAGAGCGGCUCUUCACUUCAUAUCUCAUUAAACCUUCGGGACCAUGGCGCAAUCACCUCAGAGCGAUAUCCAGGAGAGGAUCGCGGCAGCUCGCCGCGAGGCCGAAAGCUUGAGGGAGAAGAUCAGGGCGAGAAGAGAGUCCUCCGCCGACACUAGCUUGCGAGCAAUGGCCGCGGAGGUGCCCGCCUUGCCCCGUAUCGUCAUGCGCCCUCGUCGAGCCCUGCGGGGUCACUUGGCCAAAAUCUACGCCAUGCACUGGGCUACCGACCGUCGGCACCUUGUCUCGGCUUCGCAAGACGGAAAGUUGAUUGUGUGGGACGCGUAUACCACCAACAAGGUCCACGCAAUCCCACUCAGGUCCAGCUGGGUCAUGACUUGUGCUUAUUCGCCAUCUGGCAACUACGUUGCAUGCGGUGGUCUGGACAACAUAUGCUCGAUCUACAACCUGCACUCCAAGGAGGGCACCAAUGUCAAGGGCGCUCGCGAACUAAGCGCACACUCCGGAUACCUCAGUUGCUGCCGCUUCCUCAACGAUCGCCAGAUCGUGACCAGCUCCGGAGAUAUGACCUGCAUGUUGUGGGACAUCGAGGCUGGUGUACGAGUUGUGGAGUUCAGCGACCACACGGGGGAUGUUAUGAGUCUGUCUCUCGGUCCUAACCAGAACGUCUUUGUUUCUGGCGCGUGUGAUGCCACCGCAAAGCUUUGGGACAUCCGCAGCGGCAAGGCUACCCAGACUUUCACUGGUCAUGAGUCGGACAUCAAUGCCGUGAACUUCUUCCCCAAUGGCGAUGCCUUUGCCACUGGCUCAGAUGAUGCCUCCUGCCGCCUAUUCGAUAUUCGCGCUGAUCGCGAGCUCAACUCGUUCACACAUGAUAACAUUCUGUGUGGUAUCACGUCCGUCGCCUUCUCUAUCUCCGGACGCAUCCUCUUCGGCGGCUAUGAUGACUGGACCUGCAACGUUUGGGAUACGCUCAAGGGUGAACGUGUGGGUGUUCUGACCGGACACGAGAACCGAGUCAGCUGCUUGGGCGUCAGUGCAGACGGCAUGGCACUUUGCACCGGUAGCUGGGACAGCACUCUCAGGGUCUGGGCAUGAUACCUUUUUUAUGCAGCAUGCAUGCCGCCGUUUCCUAUUGCUGAUACCAUGACUCUUUGCAUUUCCGGAUCGGUGUCUCUACGCAGGUUUAUCGAUAUUGAUUCUUUAUAUGGGUAAAU